AACUUUAUUAGAAGUUGAAAUUGAAAACUUGGAUAGGUUAAAUAAGACUGGUCAUCAUGAUCCAUCAAAUAGUGGUGUCCCUUAUAACCACUUGGACAAUCUUAAUAUGUUAUCUAAUGAUACUGGUAACGGUUAUGACACGCGUGGGGAUGAACCGUCGGUACAGUUACGGGUUAUUAAACAUCGUAAAAGUGGUAAAGAACAAUUGAGAAAUGCGUUUAGACGUCGUUGGUAG